GCUUACGCGUCGUUCUAUCAGUCUGUGGAUGUUAUUACAUUUGCUAAACAAAACGUCGUUAAAUCUAAAAGGAAAAGGUCUAAGAGGUUUAUGGAAGUCAUCGGUGUGUAGAGGGGAUGCUGUACCGGCAGGACAUCGCGGGCUACUCGCAGUGGGUUUUCUGAAGGCUACGGCGCGUGCCGCAUGCCAACUCCGCCGCUGACCUCGCGCGACCCUAUUAAAACAAGAAAACAUCGCUGAUCGGACAUAUUGUCUCCAAUAUCCCCAACCAUGAAGUUCAUCUGUUCGUGUUUGUGUCUGGCGGUCGCGCUGGGCAGCGCCGCGGCUGCACCCGCUAGCGGCUUCGUGUUCCCGAACGAGCGGCGGCGAGAGAAAAAACUGGAACCAGUCAUCACACCUCCUGUUCUACCUUAUAUAGAACAUUUGGAGCGUGACCCUAGCACGCUGCUUCCCAACGAGACGAAGGGAAGAAACGUGCCAUCUGAUUCAGUCAAGCCUCGCUUUGGAUUCGGUGGCGGUUUUAACGUCGCGCCCACCGGGCAUGGUGGUCUAACGGCUAGCAUAAGCAGCAGCGCCAACGGCCUCGGUUCCAGCCACUCAGCAUCCCAGUCAUUCUCGUUCGGUUUUAACGAAGGGUUUAGUGCAUCGCAUUCAGCCAGCCAAGCCUCCUCAUUUAAUGGAUUUGGCAGCGGCUUCGGCGGCAGUCAGGCCAGCAGCCAAGCGGCCUCGUUCGGCGGUUCCGGCAGUUCCCUGUCCGGCGCGGCGUCGUCUGCUUCGGCGUUCGGCGGUCACAGCGGCUCCGGCAGUCAGAGCGCCUCGCAGGCCUUUGGAAUCAACGGCCUAAACUCCUUGGGCGGAUUCCAGCCUCAUGAGGCAACCUUUGGCGAGGGUCUAUUGGACGUGAGGCACCGAGGGAUCCCCGAUUUCCCCUUCCCAGAACUUAUUGGCAGAAAUGGGAGAGGCAAAGGCAUAAGUGCUGCCAGCUUUAGAAAAUCGAGGCCUCUGAGUACCGAUAGCGACGAUUUUUUGGCAGUUCUAGUCUCUAACAGUUAAACACAAAUAUAAGUACUUACAUAGUUAGCGUUUAAGGCU